AUUUUUUUUCAAAAAUUUUUUCAAAUUUUCUUUUCCUCAAGAAUAUUAUCAUCGAAUUCGAAAUAAGAAAAAAUGAAGAUUGAACAAAUCAGACAUGAUUUAACCGAAAUUUAUUUGCAAUCAAAUGCACGUGGUCUGAAACAAAGUACAAAAUGGUCAGCCGAAAUGCUGCGUUCGAUCAAAACGCAAACACAAAUCAAAACAAAAUGUUUUCUAUCGAUUAAUGAUUUGAAUAAUACAUUUGAACAACCAAUGGAACAUAGUCCUAUUACUGAUAAUCAUCUUAUUAAUGAUCCGGAUUAUUUAUUUGCAAAAAGUGUUUUUGAUUGUGGUGAAUAUAAACGUGCUGCUUAUUUAUCACAAAACCUAAUAAAUUCAUCACCCGAAUCAUGUUUCAUUCAUUAUUAUUCGGAAUAUUUAGCCAUUGAAAAAGAACGACAAGAUCGUAUGAUUGAACCAACAUCGGUUGUACCAAAUUAUCUACAUCGUUCAUUUAUUGAACUUAAAAAUCAUAUUGAAAAAUUAUUUCAACAAAAUAAUAAUGCAUCGAAUGAUUGUUAUAUGCAUUAUCUUCAUGGUAUUGUUUUAUUGAAAUUAAGUUUAAAUAAAGAAGCAUUAGCUGCUUUAUUUAAAAGCAUACGAAUCAAUCCAUUAUGUUGGUGUUCAUGGCAUCAAAUGACACAGGUUAUUGUUGAAGAAUCACAAAUGUCUAAUCUAGUUCUACCGGAUCAUUGGAUUAAAUAUUUUUUUCUAGCUGCUGUUUAUUUAGAAAUAAAAUCCAAUGAAGAAUCAUUAAAUAUUUAUCAAGAUUUAUUUAAAACAUUUGAAGAUAAUACUUAUAUUCGUACACAAAUGGCUAUUGUUAAUAAUAACCUUAGAAAUUUUGAUGAUUCAAUUAAAUUAUUUUCCAUUGUACGAUCAAAUGAACCAUGUAAAUUGGAUGCAAUGGAUAUCUAUAGUAACCUGUUGUAUGUUAAAGAAUUACAAACUGAACUAAGUUCCCUGGCGCAUAUAUCAAAUAAAAUUGAUCCAUAUCGUGUUGAAACUUGUGUUUGUAUUGCAAAUUUUUAUAGUUUACGUGGACAACAUGCAAAAUCGGUUGUAUAUUUUUCCCGAGCGCUACAAUUAAAUCCAAAAUAUCUUUCUGCAUGGACAUUAAUGGGACAUGAAUAUAUUGAAUUAAAAAAUACAAAUGCUGCUAUACAAGCAUAUCGUUCAGCAAUUAAAUGUAAUGAACAAGAUUAUCGUGCAUGGUAUGGCCUGGGUCAAGCAUAUGAAAUACUUAAAAUGCCAACAUCAAGUCUUUAUUAUUAUUCAAAAGCAUUGUUUUUGAAACCAAACGAUACACGAUUUAUAUUAGCACUUGGACAAACAUUUGAAAAAAUUUCCAGAUAUGAAGAAGCGGCAAAUUGUUAUGCAAGAGCUGGAUUUUCAUCAUUGAUUAAAUUGGCAAAUCUUUAUGAACGUAUGAAUGAAGAACAUAAAGCUGCUAUUAUUUAUAAUGAAUUUGUUACAAAUUUUGAAACAAAAAAAUCACUGUAUAAUUUGAAUAUAUCAGAUUUUGCUAAUGCAUAUAAAUAUCUGGCACAUUAUUUUCAUCGUAAUAAACGUUAUAAAGAAUCACAUGCUGCUGCACAGAUUUGUAUGUAUUUUAAUGAAUGUCGUGAUGAUAUUAAAGAAUUAUUAAUGACAUUGGAUGGUGUUUUUAAAAUGCCCACCACUACCACCACCACCACCAAACAAUCAUUGGCUAUACAGAAAACUUGAUCUCCAUUCAUUCAUUCAUCGGUUUUUGUCG